AUGGUCCUGAAGCCUUAUGAUAAAAGUGAAAUCGAUAAUGAACGAUUAUUAUCAGUUGCGUCCUGUAUAAUUAGAGAUCGUCUUUAUUUCCUGUCUUGCAAAACUCCACCAAGAAGUAAUUCUUCCAUUCACUUCUUUUCCAUUGAUGAAGAAUUAUGCUAUGAAAAUUUUUAUGCAGAUUUCGGUCCACUGAGUCUUGGUCAACUAUACAAAUACUGUAAUAAACUGAACAAAAAGCUCAAGUCUGGUAGUUUAAAAGAAAAGAAAAUUGCACACUUUACAUCACAUGACUCACGUAAACGAGCGAAUGCUGCAUUUCUCAUUGGAAGUUAUCAGAUCAUAUAUUUGGGACGCACACCAGAAGAAGCGUAUAAAAAUUUAACUUUAAAUGAUAAUCGACCAUUUCUCCCUUUUCGAGAUGCCUCUUUUGGUGCAUCUACUUAUCACUUAACAUUGUUGGAUUGUUUAUUUGCUGUCAAUAAAGCUUUACUUAAUAAAUUUCUCGACUUUGAUACAUUUGAUUUGCAAGAAUAUGAACAUUUUGAGAAAGUAGAAAAUGGUGAUCUCUCUUGGAUAAUACCGAAUAAAUUCCUUGCGUUUUGUGGACCACAUUCACAAACGAAGAUAGAAAAUGGUUAUCCUCUACAUUCACCAGAAGCUUACUUUCCAUAUUUCCGUAAAAGAAAUGUAACCACUAUAAUUAGGUUGAAUAAAAAAGUUUACGAUGCUAAACGUUUCACCAAUGCUGGCUUCGCUCAUUAUGAUUUAUUUUUUACUGAUGGGAGUUGUCCAUCUGAUCAUAUAAUGAAUCGAUUUUUAGAAAUAUGCGAAAAUGUUACGGGAGCAAUUGCUGUACAUUGUAAAGCUGGUUUAGGUCGUACUGGUACACUGAUUGGAUGUUAUUUAAUGAAACAUUAUAAACUUACUUCACGGGAAGUGAUAGGUUGGAUUCGUAUCUGUCGUCCUGGUUCGAUUAUUGGACCACAACAACAUUGGUUAGAUUUAAAACAACCAAUUUGUUGGCAAUUUGGUGAAAUUUACAGAGAAAAUCAGCGUCAAUUAACAACAACACAUUUAGCAGAAUCAUCCAUGAGUAGUGAUGAAGAUUUCAACGUAGCAGAAACAGUAAAAUUACAAAAUACUGUAAAGAAAAAUGAUUUAUUAACGUAUAGAUCUUCAGAAAAUGGAUUAUUAGUUAAGAAUGGUAGAAUCUGUAAAUCUGUUACUCCAGUACCAUUGGUUAGGUCAAAUUAUAAUUCAAAUGAUCUUGGCAUUAAAAAUGUUUGCACUAUUCCACCUAUUUUAUCUCCCGAAAUUUUGUUUUCAAACAGUCUUGUUCAAAACCAACAUAAAAGAUGUUUGAGUAAUAACAAUAAUAAUAAUAAUAUGAAUAUGAAUAAAAACGUCAAAUCGAAUAUCGGCAAUGCAAGAAAAACAACAACAAUAACAACCACUACUACUAAUAACAUUAAUAAUAAUAGUAUCUGUUCUCUUGGAAUUAGUACUGAUAAUACUGGCAGUAGUAAUGAUAGUAAUAAUGAUAAUAGUGGUAUUAGUGAUAGUAAUAGUAACAGUCUUAGUAUUAGUAGUAAUAGUAGUAGUAGUGCAUCUAUCACCGAGACUCUCACUAAUUCUCCACGAUGUUACAAUAUAACUGUUAAAAAUAUUAAUUUAUCACAAUUAUCUAAUGACCAAUCAAAAAAUGCAUCAAAAUUAAAAAACAAUAAAUCUUUAUCAAAAACCAAUUCAGAUAUUUCAUCGAAAUGUUUUGAUCGCGAAGUGAUUAUUAAUCCAAACUUAAUUAAUGUACAAAAAUCAAAGAAAUUAUCUAAAUUAAAUUCAAAAUCACGUAUUAGUCAAGGUGAUCAGUUGAAUAGAAUAAAAGCAAUGAGACGUCCAAUGCAACAGCGUGUAUCAGAUUCCCAAAAACGCAGUAAUAUAAAAUUAACAAACAGUAAUAGUAAUUUGAAUCGUACCUUCAAUCGUGCGGCAAGUACUCCAACUGAUAUACAUGAUUUGGAUCGUGGUUCUGUUUCAUGUACAUCAUCCAUGACAAAUAUUCAAGAUCAAUUGCCUGGAUCUACAUUAACCUAUUCAUCUAGUCCUGACAACUUUAAUAAUACUAAUUCGUUAUGCUCAAACACUAAGAAUAAAAAAAGUGGAAAUAUGUCUCCUAUAUAUUCGGGUAAUAAUGAUUCAAGAACUCAACCUGAUACCUACACAAAGUGUACUCCAUCUACUAUUGUAUCUCCAACUGUUCCACCACGUUUUUCUCGAUAUUCAACUCGUCAGUCGUCAAAUCGUAACAACAGUGGUUCAAUCACAGUUAAAGUACGCAAUAGAAUCGGAGUGAAACGUACUAAACCGACUACUGAUGAUAAUAAUAUUAAUAACAAUCUAACUAUUACUAAAAAUAACGUUGAUAAAGGGAAGUUGAUUGGUAAUUCAGUUCCAUUAACUAACCGAUCAGUUGCAUCACCAUCAAUGAAAACAACAACUACAAUUAUCACAAGCGAUACUUCAGUACCAAUGACAAUGGAUCAUACAUCAGUACCAAUAAAACGUACAUCAUCAACAAUAAGAAAAUCUCUUGAUUUAGGUAAUAUAGUCCCAUUUGCUACCUCUGUUGAUAUCAAACACAAUAACUGUAAUAAUGCAAAAUGUAUUUAUGGUCAUCACAAUAGUAAUUUGACUAAUAUUCCUGUAUAUGACAAUGUUGUACAAAGUGAAUUAGAUCCAUUAAACAAUAUGAAUUAUUCUCCAAUGUCUACCAAUAAUCGAUAUAGUUUUAGUGAUGUUUUAAAUCCAGUUACACUGAAUUAUAUAGAUAAUUUUAAUGUCAAUAAUAAUAAUAAUAAUAAUAAUAAGAGUCAUGGUUCAAUAAAAACCCAGACAUAUAAUCUUAGACAAAGUGUCCGCCAAGAACAACAGCAACAACAAAGACAUCACUUAUGCAAACAAACAUCUUCCACCACUAGUGAUUAUUUCACUGAAACAAAUCAUAUUCAUUCAACUGUCGAUACUUCUUCCAGUCGUCAUUCUACAAAAUGUCCAGGAACAAAAACAAUCCGAUUACCUGUGACGACAUUGUACUCUCAAGAUCCUUUAUUCAUCCGAAAUAAUCAGUCAUCAGCAGCCACAACAAUCAAACCAUCAUCACCAACAGUUACAUAUUCAAUUAAUAAAACUGCCAGAGAACCAUAUUUUACUAGAUCUGUUCGUGCUCGAGCACUACAUACUUCCAUGACAGAUUUAUCUGAUCUGUUAAUUGGAUCACAGUUAUCUGAUUAUUCAAAUAAUAGUAGUAGUAGCAGUAGCAGUAUGACUUAUGAUUCUUUACCAUCAACUAGUCAAAAUUCCAAUACAUCAGUUAAUCUUUACACCAGUCCAUCACCAUCAUCAUUUUUUAGUGAACUGUCAGCGUCAAAUAACACUCAAACUCUUUUGUCAUUUGCUUCACUUCCAAUAAGAUUUCAUUUUCGUCAUCCGAAUGUAACAAAGAAUAAUGAUCAAAAUCAUAUUAAUUUCUCAAAGUAGAAAUUACUUUUCUACAAUAAGCCUGCCAGUGCUAAUCUUACAGUAUCAUAGAUGACGAUCAAUCGGAAUUGAAAUCCUUUUUUUUCUGUACACUAUGUGACUUAUUACUAUUAUAUUACUGUAUUCUAUUUAUUUCAACCCAUUUGUCUGUUUUUUUCCACACAAUAUAGUCAUCUCAUUCUUAAUUUAACUGAUUUUGUCAGUUUCAUAUUGAAGAAUUUUAUCUUCCAAUAUUGUUUUUAUGUUUAGCUUUGCCAUGUCCAUACUCGUAGAAGAUUAGUGAUUACUCAUUCAUCUGUUUAAAUUCAUAUGACAUUAAAAUUAUCGUUACUUUUGAUCAAAAUAACAACAACAAAAUAACAUUUCUCUUACUCAGUUUCACAUUCACAUGACUCUUCACUAAUGAUUAUAACCUCAUCAACUUUCUGGCUUCAUAUGACGUAUUUUGUAAUAGAUUUAAGAUUUAAUGUGGAUGAAGUUCAUUAUUUCCAAUCUAAACACACUGAUUAAUAUAAUUAAAACCUUUAUAAUUAUUCUCUAAUAUAAUACCAAUUGUAAUAAAUUAUGAGUGAAUUUUCAAUACUUUUAAAAAGUGAAGACAAAGUUCCUGAAAAUAAUUCCCGCUUAUAAAUAUGCUCUUUAUUUUAUACAAUUAGUGUAUUCAUGAGUUAUUUUGUCAUUGAAAAUAGCAAGCUGUAAUUACCAAAUAUUCAUCAGCAGAGAAUGUUGAAAAAAACUAUCGACUACUUUUCUUUAGGAAUUCUGAUUUUAAAUGCUUUUAUUAAAAUAGAACAUCAGGUAAUCAUACCAUAUGUUUAUAGCAUAGGAUACACAUGGUAAAAUAUGUCGUUUUUGUGUUAAAGUUAUUUGAAAUUUUGUAGCUUACAUAACAGACUGAUCUUAGUUAGACAACUAUUGGAAAUUAAGAAGCACUGAACAGCUAGUUGUUCAUUGUAUGGGACUAUAUGCCUAACUUUUUGGAAACCUAUACUAAGGCGAAACAUAUAUCCAGUUCGUUAACGAUAUCACUAAACCAUUAUUGAAUAGAUGAUUGUUAGUUGGUAUUAUUCAUACAUGGUGCACGUAAAAUUGGAUUAAUUUGUAAUACUCCAUGACUUCUUUCAUGUUUAUAAUUUUCUAUUUAGAGAUUUUCAUCGCAAUUGUUUUUAUUAGCCAUAGUUGUAUGUAAUAAUCUCAUUUGAACAAAAUGGGACUAUAAGACUUGAUAUUAAGUUUCGUGAUAAACUGGAAAAUCCCACCGAAUAUUUCUUCCUGUAUAGACCAUCAGUGCAAUAACUUUCAAACACUAGGUCUCAGUUUCGCGACCUGCCUUCCAUCUAAUUCUCUUUAGAUAUGAAGGGUGGUGUCGCUUAACCUCAUACCUAAAGUAUAUCUGAAAGCCAGGUUUAUAAAUGUGUACUUGUUAUGUUUAAUAUAUAACAUUCUAAGAAACCCCACAUAUGAUGUUUAGUCAUGUGCAUAUAUUGAUAGAAUCUUCGUUCUUUUGAGUUCAUGACACUAUUUAAAUAAACAUGUUAUAGUUGAAAAACACAACAUCACCAACAAUAUCCAUCCACCUGUACUAUAAGUCUUGUCCAUUGUAACACAACUCGUUUAUCAAGUGCAUUAUACCUAUGUACUUGGUUGCAAGUAUCAACUAUAUUUUCAAUAUUAAGAACUACAUCUAUACUACUACUAAUCAACUAAUUUAAAGUUAUCAUGAAGUGUAGAGUCCAAACAUGAAACAACCUAGUUAGUGAUUUAUUUUUUUAAAGCAUUUUAACUGCCACCUACUUCAUAAACAUCAUUUAGAUUAAUUCAGUGUAAUUAUCCUUGUUGUUAUAAUUAUAUUUUGUUUAUCUGCCUAUUACUUUUCAAUUCUAUGCGCAUAACUCUUGACAUGACAUGUUUAAAGUGUAUUGUUAUUAUCAUCACUUUCAAUCGCUUGAAGUUGAAUUCGUAGAAAAGACAUUAAACAAACAAAUGAAUAUUCCAUCAUUUAUGAUGUGAUGUUUUUUUACCAAUGAUAAUUUUGAUUACAUUUUUACAUCUACCUACCCAUGUGAUUGUAAUUAAACAAAUUUAAUGUGUAAUAUGUUACUAAUUUUAUUUAAUGUUGACAUCUCGUUAUUUGCCUUUUUUUCUCUUUACAACUAAUUAUAUUUUUUCUAGAUUAUAAAAUGUAAACGUAUCCGUGUGAGUUAGAAUGAGAAGCACACAUGUGCAUAUUGUAUGUGUGUGUUUUCGUAUGUUUAUAGUUAUCCAUACAUUUAUCCUAGUGUGUACACAUUAAAUACAGGAUCAGAAUAAUAAAAUAAAAAUGACCAGUUAGUAUCACAAAGUAUGUAAAGAUAUCAUACAGUUUUGAUUACAUAAUUUAAUAGUAUUUUGGUUACCAUAUAUACACCAUUUGUUGAUCGUUUGUGUAUCCAUGUCUGUAUAUAUUCGGCUGCAUAGAUUGCAUGGUCCUCGUACACACAUAAUUAUUCAUCUAUAUAUUCAUUGUUGUCCUCUUUAUUAUCACUGUCAUCAUAUUGACCUUGUUGAUCACUUACGUAAUCCACAGUCUAAAUAUCAACUGUAGUAGUUGUCACAUUUUAAUGUUGUGUAAACUGCAUUUUUUUAUCGUGUUACAUAAUGCCUAUCAAACGUUUUACCAAUGUCAAUUUUUUUAUUCUACAGCUUAUUUAUCAUAUCUAUAAAUACUUCGGAUUGAUAUACUUCCUGCACUCAUGGUGAUGUAAUAUAAUUGAGGAAUUUUUGAAUUACUACUUAAAAUACUGGAUAAAUAUAUAUCACUCAGUCAUUCAGCUACAACAUAGGACCAGGUACAUUUAUGCAUCAGUCCAAGUUUCCAUACCUCAUUGACACAACAAGAUGGACACCGGAUUCAUAAAAGUAGUUAAUUCAGAGGUGGUAAUAUAUAUAAAAGAAAGAUUGCAAUAAGGGUAUAGUACAUGAAGAAGGAAUUAGUUCGUAUAAAGAAAGAUAUGAAGCGAUUUCAAUCUCUUAGUUUAAGGGAAGAAAGAGAGUGUAUACACCGACACCAUUGUGAUCGGUUCUGAGCCUAUAUAUAUAUAUAUAUAUAUAU